CCAGUUCGGAUUAACGCAUGUUGCCGGAUGUGGAUGUAAAACGGCCGCUCAUCGAUCAAUGAAGUGACUUGUAUCAUCAUCAUCAUCAGUAUCAUCACUGUCACUUCCAGCUCACUGUUGUGCAGCAUCUCAUGUAAAGAAAACUUGAUUCAUAUUCGGGGAACAGAGUCGUCAGACAUGUGAAUGUGGCCUCGUGCUGAGCAAACUGCCCCGUGUGUCAGAAGCAGGGAAGAGACCGCAGCUCGUCUCCCUCUCCUCCCCCGGUCAUCUCGGCUCUGUCCGCGGCCAUGGGCGGCUCCCUGCUCCCGCUGCUCGCCGCCCUGCUGUCCGCCUGCUCGGCCGUCGGAGACCCGGAGAGACACGCUCAGGUCGACGGCGUCCCGCCCGCAAAGAUCGCGGUGGUUGGGGCGGGGAUAGGAGGCAGCGCCACGGCCCACUUCCUGCGGCAGCACUUUGGCCCCGAGGUGCAGGUGGACGUGUUCGAAAAAGGGGUGGUCGGGGGUCGACUCGCCACCGUGACCGUCAAUCACAAUGACUACGAGUCCGGAGGUUCCAUCAUUCACUCGCUCAACCUCCACAUGCAGGAGUUUGUCAAACAGCUCGGUUUGAAGUACCGCCGCAGUGUGGCGGGGAAGACGGCGGUGUUUAACGGCAGGGAGAUGAUUCUCGAGGAGACGGACUGGUACCUGCUGGACCUGUUCCGGCUGUGGUGGCGCUACGGCAUCAGCUUCAUACGCAUGCAGAUGUGGGUGGAGGAGAUUAUGGAGAAAUUCAUGAGGAUAUACAAGUACCAGGCCCACGGCUACGCGUUCAGCUCGGUGGAGGAGCUGCUGGACUCUCUGGGGGGGAGCGGUUUCAUCAACAUGACCCGGAGGCCGCUUUCUGAUUCGCUGCUGGAGCUGGGCGUGUCGCAGCGCUUCAUCGACGAGGUCAUCGCGCCCGUCAUGAGGGUCAACUACGGGCAGAACGUCAGCAUCCCGGCAUUCAUAGGUGCCGUGUCUUUAGCUGGUGCCCAGAACAACCAGUGGGCGGUGGAAGGAGGCAACAAACUGGUGUGUUCUGGCCUGCUGAAGAUGGCCAACGCCAACCUGCUGCAAGCACAAGUUGACACCAUUUCCCCCGUCCAGUCAGAGGAGGCCGUCCAGUACCAGCUGAGCUUCACCACAGCGGCAGGAACGGGAUCGGAGCUGUACGACAUCGUCGUGUUGGCGACGCCGCUUGAGGCCAGCGUCGGCUCCGGAGUCCAGUUCCAAGGUUUCACGCUUCCCUUCGACCGGGUCCCCGGCAACUAUCACAGCACCGUGGCGACCGUCGUCCACGGUUACCUCAACACCUCUUUCUUCGGCUUCCCGGACCCCCGCCUGUUCCCCUUCGCCAGCGUCCUCACGACGGAGACGCCCGACCUGUUCUUCAACAGCGUGGCCAGCGUUUGCCCCGUCAACAUCUCUGCGGGCUUCCGGCGCAAGCAGCCGCAGGAGGCUGGAAUCUAUAAAGUGUUUUCUCCGCAGCCUCUGGACAAGUCUCAGCUCAAAACACUCUUCAGGUCGUACUACUCGGUGCAGGUGACGGAGUGGCAGCCGUACUCUCACUACGGCAGCAGCCAGGGUCUGCCGCCCGUGGAGCUCCAGCCAAAUCUCUACUACCUGAACGGCAUUGAGUGGGCCGGCAGCGCCAUGGAGAUGAGCUCAGUGGCAGCCAAGAACAUCGCCCUGCUGGCGUACCACCGCUGGAACCGACAGCUGGACACGGUGGACCAGAGAGAUCUGAUGCACAGGAUCAAGACAGAAUUAUGACCCUGAAAAAGCCGAGACGUGCUACAGCAAAGUAUCGAAGUAGAGACAGAGAUUCUGAGUAAUUUAGCUCUUGUAGCAUCACCAAGUGCAGGAACUGAGAUCCGACAAAGGUCGCGAUACCAGAGCGGGAAACGAGCGGAGGUGUUAUCAGCACUGGGGUGGAAAACUGUGAACUUCAGUCUCUUUACUGUUGAUCAUCAUUCAUAUAUAUAUAUAUAUAUAUGAUAUAUAUAUCAUUCAAACACUGUUUUUUUGUUUUGGAUAUUUAAAUAAAUGAUUCGGGCAGCUUUUUUCUGAGAGGGAAACCAAAGCCAAACUUAUUGUCGGUAAAUGCUAAGAGAUGACAGGUGUUUGGAAAUGUGCUUCACAGAUAUUAAACGGGUUAGAAUAUUUUUUUUUUGUAAAACUUCCAAAAUAUUUUGAACAGAAACGUACAAAAUAUUUUAAUUGUUGGUGGAAGAAGGACUUUAAAGUAUUUAUAUACAGUUAUCUCUGGAACAUUGAACAAUGAAUUCUUGGGACAUUAUUGUUAUUGCUAAUAUUAUUAUUAUUAUGUAACUGCUUCUCUCCGACGCAGCUGCUUGUCAAUCGGUCAAUAAUUGAUAACACAUCCUUCUGCUGCCAACGUUGGUGUUAGGAAUCUGUCCGGGCUCUUUUUUCAUUUUCAGGUUUCUGUUGUUUUACAACAACAAAAAAAGCUAAUUUGCUAAUAAUUCGAAUGAUUUGCGUGAGCUUUUCUUUGCCAAGAAAUUAAGAAUCCAAGCAACUGUAGGAAACACCAGUUGAUGUUUAUCUCAGUAGAUAUUGGGUGGCGGGUUUCUCGAGUCGCAUUUGCUAUGUGUAAAUAAAUAUUCCUGUGUCCACGACUUAAAAAAAAUAUUUUGACCCUUGUGGGCUUGAGCAUGAAUAAGACGCUUUAAAAUGGCUGCUUGUGACUCAUGGUAGUAGUGGCCACUGGUGCUAUGACCUAUUGCUCCUUUGCUUUAAGACUAUUUCAUUAUCUCACCUUCCUGCUGCUUUUGUUGCCUUAUACAGCAGGAUUUUUUUUUCCGUGGGGAUGGAACCAACAAGCUUCCACACUGGGCAAAAUUUAAAUCUGUGGAGCUGCUGACGGUGAUCAGGACACUUUCCUCCCUCACCACUCGAGCUGAGAUCCUGCUUUCCUUAUAUGCACCGUGACCUUGGAAAAACACAUGAAGAUGGAACCUGAACAUUAAACUUCCAGAAAUGGAGAUUGAUGAAAAAUGAAUAAUAAUAUUGGUGAUAACUUAAGAAACCAGACUGUUUUUUUACUAUGAGAAAGACUAUGAGAAACACCUUCCUUUAUUGAUUAGUAACAGAGGGAUUGGACUGAUGUGGAUUUAUGGACUGUUUCCUUAUGAAGUGCUUCAGUUGAUUGAUGUGAUUGUGGCAUGUAAAAAGAAAACGCUUCAGAUUAAAUUAUUUCCAAAAACCCCA